CUUGUGUGGAAUAACGAUAACGAGCAGUCAGAGACAAUAAGACCAAUGAUUUCGUCGAGAACACGGGCAGGAUUCACACUCAAUGUCAUCGACACGCCAGGACUUGUGGAAGCGGGUUGUGUGAACGAUCAAGCCUUGGACACUAUUCGGAAAUUCAUUCUCAACAGACCGGUGGAUGCGGUGCUUUACGUCGACAGGUUGGACGGCUAUCGUGUUGAUUCGUUAGACCGACAGAUCAUGACUGCGUUGGCCCGCAUGUUUGGGGUCGUUCUCUGGAAAAUUGCACUGUUGGUCCUGACACAUGGACAAAUUGCCCCUCCGGAUGGUACUAGCUAUCCAGAGUUCGUUUCAAAACGCACGGAGGCUCUGCAGCAGGCAAUUCAGCAGGCAGCAAAGUUUAAGAAGAGUGAUCCCCAGGUUCCUACCAUUGUGGUGGAAAACAGUGCCAGAUGUGCAACCAAUGAUGAUGGGGAGAAGGUCUUGCCAGACAAAACCAUAUGGUUAACGAAUCUGGUCGGAAAUGUAGUGGAGGUGGUUACAAGAGAGAAGUCGUCCAGGUACACAAUCGAUGAGCGUCAGAUCAAGGGAUCUAACGGCAGCUGGUGGUACAAAUUGAUGACAGUCCCCUUGUUCUUGUUUCAGGUGAAGGCUGUGUAUCCAUUAAUACGGUCGCAGGUAUUUGCUGAUAUCGACAAGGACGACGAAGAUGAAUGAGGCGGCGUGUAUCCAUUGAUACGGUUCCAGGUAUUUGCUGAUAUCGACAAGG